GUGUGUGUGAUGUUAGUGGUUUUACAGCGCGGUUAUUUACAUCAACAAUGGGGCUUUGCGCGCGUGGAUGUGGAGCGUGGCAUGGUCGCGUGCUAACGGGCUAGCUAUUAUUGUUACUGGGACGCGCGUUUUGGCGCUCUCGUGCUGUGUGGGAGUUUAGACAAACGAGACGAGCCCGUCAAGAUGUUUGGCUUCCAUAAAUCCAAGAUUUACCGCAGCAACGAAGGCUGUUGUAUUUGCAAAACCAAGUCGUCCAGUUCUCGGUUCACGGACAGCAGCAGAUAUGAGGAGAACUUCAGACUCUGCUUCGGUCUGUCAGAGGAUCGGGUUGGAGACAUCUGCAAUGCUUGUGUGCUGCUGGUAAAACGCUGGAAGAAAUUACCACAUGGAUCAAAGAAAAACUGGAACCAUGUGGUGGAUGCAAGGGCAGGACCUGGCUUCAAGCUGACCAAACCCAAGAAAGUCAAAAAUAGUGACGGAAAGAAGAAAAGUAAACUGAAAAAGAUUCAUAAAUUCAAAAGACAAAAUUCAGAUGCCCACAGCACCACAUCCAGUAUGUCUCCCUCUCAGUCUCCCAGCCACAGUAAUCAGUCUGAUGACGGGUCAGACAUCGAGACCAAGCAGAGGCGUCCAAACCCACUGGGGUUCUCCUUUCUCGACCUGUCCUACUGGAAGAGGAAAAAGGUGUGCUGUGGGAUCGUCUACAAGGGCCGUUUCGGUGAGGUGAUCAUCGAUCCUCGUCUCUUCAAGCCCUGUUGUAAUAAGAAGCGUCCAGCUCUGGCAUCCUCCUCGGACUCUCAGAUCUCACAAACACAUCCUUCUCCUCUUCCAGAGGACCUGAAGGAGGCAUGGUGAUCCAACUAAAACACCCUCCAAUCUGUCUCGUUGAGGCCCUCAUAGCUUUGUCUCCAGUGGUAGACUCUGAUAUCUUCCCUUUGUUAGAUUACUGCGUAUGAGUUGAGUUUCCCCUUGCUUUUGUAUUUUUUUUUUUUUUUUUAUGACUCUUUUGUAAAAUGUAAUUUUUGUACCUUUUUUUAUAUAACAGAAAAGGAAAAUAAAAUUGGACAUUAGGACAUAUUUAUAGGUCUGAGUUAGGACAUUUAAUGUAAUCAAUUUUUUAUUACUGUAAUUUUUUUUGGAGUUACCAGUGUUUUGUAAAUAUAAUCUUAUUUUCAAUACCAGUGCACCAAACGACUUCUAUUUGGCAUUUAGUUUGACGGGUUACAGAUGAAUAAUGUAAAGUGCUGUAUCUAACAUUACAGCCAAGGCAUUAAUGAGAUGGGUGUACUUUUAAGCAAAUAUAAUAUUUUACUCAGCCUUGCAGUCUUCUGCUCUGAUUGAAGUUAUAUCACACGCAUGCAUUUUCUGACUAGGAUUCUUGGGCACAAUAUUCACAAUGUGAAUUCACCUCAGCUGUGGUCUAUAAUAUGGACACGUGCUUGUAAAAUCUCGUUUUCCUUCUGGUUUGGCAUAAAGAUGUUGCUCAAUAUUUAAAAAACGGUUACGGGUUUGUAAAUCUUUUUAAAAGCACGAUGCAAAAAAUACAUUAUCUCAGAGUAUUUAAAUGGUUAUCAUUUACACAAUGGCAUAUGAGAGCAUGCAUAAUGUAUUUGUAGGCAUGAUCAGUUUUAUGACUCUUGGUGGUGUUUGUAUUUUAUUUUAUUGUUGUAUGAGAGCGUUAUAAUACAGAGAGUAAGGUAAAGUACUGAUUGAUGAAUUUCUGACCAGGCUUUACACUGUGUUUUUACCACGCUUUUCCAUGUUUCAAUAUUGUACACUAAAGGUAAUCUAAUAUGAAACUGUACAGUCUUUCAGCCUUGAUGUAUUGACUGCAGCCUAUUGUAUUUUUUGGCUCUGAAGUUCAAUAUUAUUAUGGAGUUUGCAAUUGGAUUUGGAGGUUCAAGAUUUUGGUUGUAUUUCAGUGUAUUAUUUGAAUGAAUGUUUGUUUUUAUUCACCAGCAAUACUUUAAGUCCGCAUUACUGUUGACUUCAAGCUCUUGUUCUUAAAAUGCAUGAGAGCAAAUACAAGAUGUCGAUAAAUUUCAGGGAAAAAAAUUUCAACUAUUAAUGUGGCACAUUCUCAGUCAAUGUGCCUUACCAGAGACUUAGUCGAUCAUUUCAUUACGUUAAUUUGUCAUUUUUUAACUUAUGCUAUUUAUUCAAAGCUGUCUGUACAAUUAAUGCUGUAAAGAAGUUUUUGUGCACUUUCUUUUUAUACUUUUUGUAAUAUUACCAUUGAUAAAAUUUUUGUAUCUCAAUUUUCCUCACAUUGGUAUUUUCAUAAAAUUUUUAAAGUAAA